AUGGAAAAAUCUGCAGGUGAUAUUUGCGUCCCCCUGGAUUUGGCCGUCUUCGUCUACAAGAACGAUACACCAACUGAAAACAUGGCCUUCAACCAAUAUCAUUAUCCAGUUGUCCGUGUAACAAGUGCAAGCAACGCCUCUAAUGAAUCCUUAGUGCUUGAGGUGGAGCGAUGUAACUUGGAGGAACAUUUCCCUGGAGUAGAGCUCAUCCCACGGCAGACAAGCUGCGCUGUGGUCGGUAACAGCGGUAUCUUAAACAACAGCAGUUGCGGGGAUUUCAUCGACUCACAUGACUUUGUUAUCCGCGCCAAUGGGGCGCUGAUAAAAGGCUACGAAGUUGACGUCGGCAAGGCGACCAGUUUAAGUGUUAUCAACUGGACUCUGUUGCGUAAAUACGGUCGUGCCAUGGGAAACACAAACACUACUGAAAAUCUAAAGAUACGGGCUCAAUUUCUUGACCGUAUUCGAACUUCGAACAUUCGAAUUUUGUGGUACCCGAAACAUUUGUAUCGACCUGGUACUCAUUGUGACGAUUGUGGGAAGUAUCGAUCUAUAAUCGAUGGAAUCAGAAAGAACGGAUUCACGGGUAUUCGGUUUGCUUUCAGCUGGAAAGGUAUCCAUGUCGAAAAGGCAUGGGGUCUACAUCGAACAGCCACACUUGGAUUAGACAUGUACGCAGUCGCUCGGACGUUCUGCUCGAAAAUCACUCUCUUCGGAUUCUACCCGUUUUACAAAGACCUGGAGGGUCGAGCAGUCAAGUAUCAUUAUUUCGACGAUGUCAGAUUCAACUUUGCCCGCAACAGGAAGCACAGUUUUACUAAGGAACACACCAUACUGAAAGAGUUGGAAAAACAAGGGAAACUCGCGUUAGUCAUCAGAGACUGCAAGCCGAGAGAGGGUAGCAGACAUGAGAACACCGAUGGCCAUUUUUCAAAGCUCGGCUACGUUUCCGAUUUCUUUUUAUCACUUUUAGCAUUAAUAUUCAGAUCAAAUUUUUGAAUAAAUCACUUGCUUCGUAAUAUCAUACAGUUAUGAUAAUACAGUUUGAUGUUUCUGUAAGAUAACAUU